AGUGCGAAGAGCGACUUGGUUCGGCCGUCGGUUUUCGUUCCGGGACCUCGUGUGUUCGGCGUCUUCGUUCACCGUCGUCGAAUUCGGCGAAAGGGUGUUAAAGAGCGGUCCACGGUCGACUGUUGCCGCGUUCUGGGGUAGCAGCGACGGAGGCGGGAACACGCCAAGUACGUGCGGGAACGACGCGGCCACUGCAAGACGGCCCGUCGCUGAGUGAUGGUGUAAGGAGGAUGUGGCUGAGGAGCGGCUCGUCGGCCCCCCCGCAGGUGGCCACCAGCCUGCGAUCCCGCAAGUCGUGUCCCGCAGCAGCGGCCAGAGCGGCCAAACAGCGCGGCGGCGGCCCAGCCCACGGCGCGAGGGCAGCCCUCGCCAGGAGGUCACGUGCCAGGCACAACUUGUUGAGAGAGACUUUCCGCGGCAACGUGCCUGCUCUGAAAGGCGGCGCAAGCGGCGAGCCUGUGCACAAGAGCCCACUCUGCGAACCGACCGCUGACACCACUGAAAUGCAUACUGUCGAGGUGUCUGAAGGUGAGGAGAGCAAAGAAAACUGGCAGCACCCCUUACCUGAAGAGGAGGAGGGCGCCGGCGUGUCAGGGGUGGACGGAAGCGCCGCCUUGCUGGCUGCUUAUGAAAAACUGGUGACACCUGACCUGGCUUGCAUGCUGGAUGAUGACGGAGGGGAGGAAGGGGCAGUGCUCAGGACAGAUGAGCGCUUUGAUACAUACGUCGAGGUCACCAGGUUCUACGCGGAGGCCGCCGCCGCGGCCGCCAACGAGGCGUGCGCCAGCUGCGAUGAGAAUGAACCUCCGAGCGCAAUGGUGAUUGCCAGCGUGGCCUGCGAGGCCUCAACCUCAGCCGUUGAUGACUGGGAGCCCUUCGACCCCUACCUGUUCAUCAAGAACCUGCCGCCACUCACUCCAGACAUGAGGGCCAGGUUAGUUUGGUGCCCAGCACUGCCGUUGAAGACGCGAAGCAGUCCAGAGUUCUCGCUGGUGUUAGAUCUGGACGAGACCCUGGUGCACUGCAGCUUGCAAGAGCUGCACGACGCGUCCUUCAAUUUCCCCGUGCUCUUCCAAGACUGCAGCUACCGCGUGUUUGUACGCACAAGACCCUUCUUCAAGGAGUUCCUCGAGCGCGUGGCCAACAUGUUUGAGGUCAUCCUGUUCACCGCCUCGAAACGCGUUUAUGCCGACAAGCUGCUAAACCUGCUUGAUCCAGAAAGGCGGCUUAUCAAGUACCGGCUGUUCAGGGAGCACUGCAUCUGCGUCAACGGCAAUUACAUCAAAGACCUGCAAAUUCUUGGCAGGGACCUUUCGAAGACCAUCAUUGUGGACAACUCACCACAGGCCUUUGGCUACCAUCUUGAGAAUGGCAUCCCAAUCGAGAGCUGGUUUGAGAACCGGUCCGACUGCGAGCUAAUGAAGUUGCUGCCCUUCCUUGAAAACCUCGCUUGCAUGCGUGAAGACGUGCGGCCACACAUUCGAGAGAAGUUCCGCCUGUUCAGCAUGCUACCAUCGGACUGAGCUACAUUGUCCGACCGCCCCCAGCCGCCCUUUUUUCUGACCGCAGCAGGACGGUGUGGCAGAGUCGAGCAAAACCAGUACCUUGGCGCCGCCACUGUCGGAGUCACUUUUUAGCAUUUAUCUUUCUCUCUUUUUGAAUCGAUAUCGAGCUGCUGUUUCUCUUGGAAUGCACAACUUGAUUUUUUCGCGACCACUUCUACACUGUGCCAUACUUGGUGGUUUACGCAAAUGUACAAAGGAGCAGCAUUUACUCUUCUCCCCACCUAUUUUCUCUCAUCUAAUAUCGGACACAGAUAUUUUUGGUUUUACAAUCACAAGUGUCAUUAAAAUAGCAAUUUUAAUAUUGGUUUUCAACUUCUGUAUUGUCAAUGAAGAUAUCCAAACACCUGACUGCAUUUUAUCCAAUAUUGUAAAAAUGUUAUUCUAAAUAAAUGAAAAGGAAAGGCAAUGGCUGAAUCUCAAGAAAAGGGAAAAGAACGAUCUGUUAUUUAAUUCCUUUGGAAAAUGUUGGAAACGUGAUUUUGUUGCGUAAACUUUGAUAGAGCUGCACUUUUCACUAUUGUUGGCAAAAACUAUGAUGGAAAUAAUGAUGAUUGUGAUUGGCACCUGGUUAAGUGGAGCACACAGACACUUGAAAGUCAAAAUCAACACUUGAUUUGACUGCUAGAUCUAUAGGCCGGUACUAAGCAUUCUUUGGUAAAUUUGAUCACAUGAAAUGCUUGUCACCACUAAAACUAUUAUUUUGCAACGCCACACAAGAAGAUGGCAUCACGAUGUAAAGGAAGCAAUUUUUGGAAAGCUGUUUGUACAGAACACAAUAAGUUGUAUAAAUUGUUCUAAGAAUUCAUUUUGCUACUGUAUGAUACGUUAUAAUCCUGCCUUUCUUACUUUAUUCUCUGUUUUCUUCACGGAGACGACGAGAAAGCAAAAAUUUGUAUUGGCUGCCCACCCUGGGAAGGCAAAUUUUUGUUUUAUUUUUAUUUAUUUCCCUUCUACUUUCUUUGUUUAUAAACAUUAUUGUAAGCAGCAAAUGAUUGCAUUAUAAACGGAACAUGCUAUUUGUUAGUGUUGGUAGGUUUCCAUGUUAAGCAAAAGGUUUAUUAUUACUAUUAAUUUUAGCCAAGAGAGCAUAUUAUCAUGUAACAAACACGAGCAAACAAAGAAACAUAAUAAAAAAUUAUGUACACCAUUGUAAAAAAA